UAUGAAUAUACUGGCCUACCUCCAUGAGGAUAUUGAACCAAAGAUCAUCCAUGGAGGUCUGAAGUCCAGCAACAUUCUUCUUGAUAAUCAAUGGAACCCUAAGAUCUCUGAUGCAGCUCUUACAGCUGGACUCCUGAAUCCUCAUUCUGGGCUUGAAGAUUACUCUCUUACCAGCCUCAUGCAUGAUGAGAAGAGCGAUGUUCAUAACUUUGGAGUACUCGUCAUGGAGAUUGUAACGGGGAAACCCCCUGUAAUUGACUGCGGUGACUCCCCAGUCUACUUGGUCGAUUGGUUGAAAUCCAUGGUGGCGAGCAAGAAGAUUGAACAAGUUGUCGAUCCCACAUUAUCAGAUCAAACCAUUAAUUUGCUAGAACUCAAAAGGAUCAUUCUGAUUGCUCUCCGGUGUGUUGUUGCAGAAGUAGAACAUAGACCAAAAAUGAAAGAUAUUAUUCACAUGCUGGAACCCCUUGACUUGCUUCUCAAUGAUACGAAAGCCUGUAAUAAAAGAAAGGAUUCCUCCAAUAACGACAGACAUGAUGGACAGGUUGAAGGUGCUUAUAAAGUGCAUUUGGAGGAAGAAGCAGCUAUAACCAGGAUGAAAAAAAUGUAGACCAUAAAACCUUUAUGACAUGGUCUACAUCAUUGAUAAGUCUACUUUAGCCCAGAAUUUCUAUGUCUUAAUUUCCAAGAUUAGUUUAUUCAAAUUGUACCGUGAUUUUCUCUGCUUUUAGAAUAAUAAUUAGAUGAUUUGUUU